CGGCUCGCGCCGCGCGAUGUUUCGCGUCCAUUGUUGCAUUUUCCCUAACAAAAAAUAAUAUUCAGUAAACAGUCACGAUAAUUACGUAAAUAUUGUUACAAAAUGAGUAAAUCUAAAGUGUCUGCGGAAUGGAAGAAGCGAGUAAAGACGGAAUACAUGAGACUUCGGCAAGUCAAGCGUUUCAAACGUGCGGAUGAGGUGAAAGUGGCAUGGGCUCGAAAUUUGCGGAUAAUGUCGGAGGCAAUUGAGUCCAGAGACGUAGAGAUGUCUGAUGGGGGGCGAAAGCCAUUUUGGCCUCCUCCUGCCCCCAGUUCUAGUCACGAGACCCUCAUGAAGCGCGCUGAAGUUACCUAUACUGACGCAUCGGGUGUAGUGACUACACAGCAAGUACCAAUCCGCAUAAUCAACUCAGUAAACCCUAUACCGACUAUGUACACAUGGGCACCAACACAGAAGAACUUUAUGGUGGAAGACGAAACGGUGCUGCAUAACAUUCCAUACAUGGGUGACGAGGUGCUGGACCAGGAUGGGACUUUUAUUGAGGAGCUCAUUAAAAACUAUGAUGGGAAAGUGCAUGGCGAUAAAGAAGGCGGGUUCAUAGAUGACCAGCUGUUCGUGGAUCUCGUGCACGCGCUCAUGAGCUACCAGACCAAGGAGGAGGUGGAGGACGAGCGCCGCACGAGAGAGGCCAGACUGUCCAAGGAAGAGAAGGAUAAGGAUAAGGAACCAAAAAAGGAGAAAGAAGAAAAGGAUAAAGAAGCACUGGAGAAUAAAGAUGGAGAGAAGAAACCGUUGCAUGAGAAGCAGUUUCCCAUUUUCACCAUCUUCCAGGCCAUCAGCUCGCAGUUUCCCGAUAAGGGCACUGCGCAGGAAUUACGGGAGAAGUACAUCGAGCUGACGUCGCGCGCCGACCCGCUGGCGCUGCCGCCCGAGUGCACGCCCAACAUCGACGGGCCGCUGGCCGAGUCCGUGUCGCGCGACCAGACCAUGCACUCCUUCCACACGCUCUUCUGCCGCCGCUGCUUCAAGUACGACUGCUUCCUGCACCGAUGUCAGACGGCAGGACUGCAGGCGUGCCAUCCGCGGCCCAACCUCUCCAAGCGGAAGGGGCCCGAUCUCAAGCCCUUCUCGGAACCUUGUGGGCCUAACUGCUAUAUGUUGCUGGAGGGCAUGCGCGAGAAGCUGGCGCGCGAGAAGUCGCCGGGCGAGGAGGACAAGGCCAAGGGGCUGCACCACGUGGACUCGCCCAACGACGCCUCCUCCGAGGACAGCAACGACAGCAACCGCUUCCACAAAGGCAGCAAUAGCAACUCCAGCAACAGCAACUGGAGCAGCAACGGUUUCAAGAACGCCGAGGCGUCUGCCGCCGACGCGCCGUACAACGCUCUCGGGCUGACUGUGGGCGACCUGGAGGCGGAGUGGUCGGGCUCCGACCAAUCGCUGUUCCGCGCGCUGCACAAAGUCUUCCCCGCCAACUACUGCGCCAUCGCGCAGCUCAUGCUGUCCAAGACUUGCCAGCAGGUGUACACGUACUGGAUAAAGACGGGCCAAGAGGAGUGCGGCGUGGAGGCCGAGCGCACCCCUCCGCGCAAGAAGAAGAAGAAGCACCGCCUCUGGUCCGUGCACUGCCGCAAGAUCCAGCUCAAGAAGGACUCCGCCUCGCACCAUGUGUACAACUACACGCCAUGCGAUCACCCGAACCAGCCGUGCGACAACAUGUGUCCUUGCCUGCAGUCGCAGAACUUCUGCGAGAAGUUCUGCCAAUGCUCCAGCGACUGCCAGAACCGCUUCCCCGGCUGCCGCUGCAAGGCGUCGUGCAACACCAAGCAGUGCCCCUGCUACCUGGGCGUGCGCGAGUGCGACCCCGACCUGUGCUCGGCCUGCGCCGCCGACGCGCCGCCGCCGCCGCCCACGCAGCGCAGCCACAGCGUCUACUGCAAGAACGUCUCGGUGCAGCGUGGUCUCCACAAGCACUUACUGCUGGCACCCAGCGACGUGGCUGGCUGGGGUAUCUUCCUGAAGGAAGCGGCGCACAAGAACGAGUUCAUCUCCGAAUACUGCGGGGAGAUCAUCUCCCAAGACGAGGCCGACAGGAGAGGGAAGGUCUACGACAAGUACAUGUGCUCGUUUCUCUUCAACCUUAACAACGACUUCGUGGUGGACGCGACGCGCAAAGGCAACAAGAUCCGGUUCGCGAACCACUCGAUCAACCCGAACUGCUACGCGAAGGUGAUGAUGGUCAACGGAGACCAUCGCAUCGGCAUCUUCGCGAAGCGCGCCAUCCAGCCCGGCGAGGAACUCUUCUUCGACUACAGAUACGGGCCAACGGAGCAGUUGAAAUUCGUGGGCAUCGAGAGGGAAAUGGAGUUCUUAUGAGGAUCUGCAAUCACCGACUCGAGCUCGGACUCGAGGCAACCACGGGGCAGCUAGCAUACUGCCUCUGAUUCUGUACACUGUGACUCGUAAUUGACGUUUUAAUAAAUAUAAAAAGUUAAAACUGAAGCUUCAGGCCUCCAAGGACAUCUUGCGGAAGCUAAAGAACUAAUUUAACCUACUGGCAACACGAAUAUGGUUAUCAAACUUUUUACAUUUAGAAUAUGAACUUUAAUUAAAAAUAUUUAUAAUGAUCUGUUUACUGUAACAUGUAAGCGUACUGGCUAUUAUUAUACUUAAAUAAAUAACCGUGUUCGUGCAGCCAAUGCUUGAGCUAUCAUCUUAGGGUCCAACAAUAAAUAACCUAUAGUGGAAUGAAGUGAUUGUUAAUGUUGUAGCUGCUGUUUACAACCGUACAGCUGUUUAAUCGUAUGUCAUUGAGAGUCGGUUCUUAUUACGUAAUUUUGUAACGUUUACUGUUUAUUCAUUUUUUUUUAUAAUGAAAAGAAGGUUCAAUUAUAAAAUUG